UUACAAAGACUCUCUGCCUCAAAACGUGCUGGCCAUGGCCAUGAAGAAGCGCUAUGUGAAACGCCUGUUGCGUAAGUUCAUCUUUCUACUUAUUAUAAUUGGCUUCAUCUCGCUGCUGACCACGUUGAUUGUGGAAAAGCGUCUGAACAAAGCCAAGUCAGCGGACGAGCCGGACGAAAGUAAUUUGGAUAUGAAUGGAGAUCCCAUAACGCCAGAGUUCCGUGUGGCCAAUGUGGCGCCGACACGUCGCCCGGCUCGACCGCCCUUUCAGGAUCGCAGUGCUGUGCGCGAUGCGUUGCCGGAUCAGCAAGUGGAGCAGCCAAAGACUGAAACAGUGAAAAUGUUUACGUUGCCAACGCCGGUGGGUGAGCGUAGGGACUGGCACGAUUACGAGGCAAUGGCAGCGGACAAGUUGCGCUCCGGUCUCGGAGAACAUGGACUACCCGCUACGAUUGAAGAUCCUGCUGAGAAACCGCUGGAAGAGCAAGAGUAUCGAAGGAAUGGCUUUAAUGGUUAUCUCUCCGAUCGCAUCUCUGUGAAUCGCUCACUGCCAGAUGUGCGACACGAAAAGUGCAAGACGCGCAAAUAUCUGGCCAAGCUGCCAAAUGUCAGCGUCGUCAUCAUCUUCUACAAUGAACACUUUCAGACGCUUCUACGCACCGUGUACAGCAUCGUCAAUCGCACUCCUAAGGAGCUACUGCACCAGAUUGUUCUUGUCGACGAUGGCAGCGAAUGGGAGACGCUUAAGGACCAAUUGGACCAAUACGUCGCUCUACAGUGGCCACAUUUAGUCGACGUGGUGCACAAUCCAGAGCGACGUGGCCUAAUUGGUGCACGUCUAGCUGGCGCUAGGGUUGCCACCGGUGAGGUCAUGGUCUUCUUUGACUCGCACAUUGAAGUCAACUACAAUUGGCUGCCGCCACUUUUAGAGCCCAUUGUCAUCAACAAUAAGAUAUCGACGUGUCCCAUUGUGGACAUCAUUGAUCACAACAAUUUUGCCUAUAAUGGUGGCUAUCAGGAGGGCACACGCGGCGGCUUCGACUGGCGCUUUUUCUACAAACAGCUGCCUGUGCUGCCCGAGGAUAGUGUAGACAAAUCUCUGCCAUAUCGCAGUCCGGUAAUGAUGGGCGGCCUGUUUGCCAUUAACAGUGAGUUCUUCUGGGAUCUGGGCGGUUACGAUGAUGAGCUGGACAUUUGGGGUGGCGAGCAGUACGAGCUGAGCUUUAAGAUCUGGAUGUGCGGUGGCAUGCUGUUAGAUGUGCCCUGCUCUCGCGUAGCCCACAUAUUUCGCGGUCAAAUGGAUCCGCGGCCGAAUCCACGCAAUUACAACUUUGUCGCAAGGAAUCACAAGCGCGUCGCCGAGGUCUGGAUGGAUGAAUACAAAGAACAUGUCUAUAGGCGGGAUCCUGCAACCUAUGAUAACAUCGAUGCUGGCGAUUUAUCGCGUCAGCGUGCGGUGCGAGAGCGUUUGAGGUGCAAGUCCUUUGAUUGGUUCAUGAAGGAGGUGGCGCCCGAUUUCCUUGUCAAGUUUCCGCCCAUUGAUCCGCCCGCCUAUGCAUCGGGCGCCAUACAAAGCCAGGCCUAUACAGCCUAUUGUCUGGACUGCUUGAACGUGGGCGCCAAUCAUCCCGUUGGCAUGUACAACUGCGCCGAAAAUCUCACCUAUCCCCAGGACAAUCAGAACUGGGCCUUAACCUCGCAUCGCGAGCUGCGACGCUUGGAUGAUGCUUGCUUGGAUGUACAGGAUGCCCAUCCGAACGCCACAGUAUGGAUGUGGGAUUGCCAUCAUCAGGGUGGCAACCAAUUUUGGUACUAUGAUCGCCAACAUCACUGGCUCGUCCAUGGGCUUCGCGGCAAAAACUGCAUGGAGGCAUUUGUGGAGAAUGGUGUGACAAAGGUGCUAACCAAUCGUUGCGAUGAGAAUAAUGUGCGACAACGCUGGAAUUUUGGCAAAGUUAAUGACGAGCUGCUGGAUCGUUUCUUUGAGGGUUUGUAAAACGAGACCUGAACUAGAACUCUGUAAGCUUGUUGUUAAACCUAGCUGGAAUAAGUGUUUAGAUACACAUCUAGAGUUUUUUCUUAUUCUUAUUAAUUUAAAUAUUUAAACACAAACCCACACAAUAAAAUCAAAUUCUGUGUGCUUUUCUUUUAAGCUGAGCAAAC